CUCUCUCCAGAAUUCAGAGGCGCUUUUCAGUCUUUCAGAGUGUCAGACUAGCUCGGUGGAAAUCAUGUCUUUGAACACUAUGAAGAAGAGACUCUUCCAAUAAACGUUAAAAAGGCACCUGACUGGAACAAGUCUGUUUGAAGUUCACUCCAUUAUCUACUCAAGAGAAACACGCGAGGAUGCGCGCGGCAGUCGGAAUCCUUUGUGCUUUGACGUUCCUUGUCUCGUGCAGCCAUGGCGCGAGAGUUGUGAGUGGUCAGACAGUGUGUCAGGGCAGUCCCGAGCAGCCGUGCUAUAAGAUCGCUUACUUCAGGGACGUGUCGAGUCGUGUUGCAUUCUGGGAGGCCCAGCAUGCGUGUGACAUGGAUGGCGGUUCAUUGCUGAGCAUCGAGAACACUGCAGAGCAGAAGCACAUUGAACAUCUUCUGCAGGAACUCAGUGUCUCCACUUCCACCGGUGCUUCCAGCGGGUCGGGCGUCACAGACGGAGACUUCUGGAUCGGGCUGACACGGGUGGAGGACGAGACCGCACAGGAGCCUGGCAGCUUCGCCUCGUGUCCUAACCUGUACAGGUGGACAGAUGGAAGUGUCUCACAGUUUAGAAACUGGUAUGCUGAUGAACCAUCCUGUGGAGGAGAAGCUUGCGUGGUCAUGUAUCACCAGCCUACAGCUCUCGCUGGGCCUGGUGGGCCGUAUCUUUACCAGUGGAAUGAUGAUAGGUGCAAUAUGAAGCACAAUUUCAUCUGCAAGUAUGAACCAGAAAGUUACCUGGUAAAAGUGCAGAGCGACACACCUGGAGGGCCCAAUGUUGAUCUUUCCUCAGAAGAACAAGAGGAGAGGAGAACACCUCCCGUCGAUCAGGAUGAGAACCCUCUACUUAUAAUGCCAGGGCCCUCAAGUAUGCUGCUAAUCUACGUGAUUAUCCCUACCAUCCCUCUCCUCUUGCUGAUCCUGGUGGCUUCAGGAACGUGCUGUUUCCAGAUGUUGAGCAAGAGUAAACCACGGACCAAAACGAGCGUUAACCAAUCAACUCUCUGGAUCUCCAAGACGCCAAAGAUAGACAGUGGCAUGGAGGUUUAAAGAAUAAUCUCCACGAUUCAAACAGCUCCAUUUUUCUGGCUUUGUCAUCUAUGUUGCUUGAUCAGCAACAUUCUCGUCUGGUGGUUAGUUUAGUGUAUGAUUUAAUAAUACUAGCUAAAAGUUACAUAUAUAUCGCAUUUCUGUACAAAUGUUGUGCUCUCACAAAUUUCUUAAGUCUACAAGCUUCUUGCUCAUUCCCAUGACCUUCUUCUCCAUUUCAUUUUUCUUGUCAGAGAGUCUGGCCUGAAGGUACUGAGGGAGGGGGAAUACUAACUGCCACCAAACACAGUGAGCAAUUAAAUUACUGUAAUUAAAGCAAGUACAAGUGGGAACCACAAAAAAAGAGGAAUUAAGAGUUCCCUGUGACAGCGAAUAGGGAUACACAAACUGAAGCUAGUGAAACAGUAAAGAAAUUAAUCACUAAAAGAGCAUAAAAAGACAGCCUCAUAGGUUUUUGGAGAAUUAGAGUAAUGUCUCUCAUUCAAGAAAUGAGAGGCCUAUUUAAUUCAAAAAAUGUAUCAUGCAUUGCCAAUGAUGGCACAAUAUCAUAUAUAGUUAUGUGCAUACAGUUAAUAAUUUGGUAGCAAAAGAUUUAUUUUGAAACAUUUGCAAUCAUUCUUUAAAUGACCAGUACCAUUGGCGUAUAUAGUGACUGUUCUGCUCUGCAGCUUAUGAGGAUGUUGUCAUAAAGAAAAAAGAUAAAUUCAUAAACGUGUACAUAUUUUUUGUAUGAUGUGACUGAAAAGCUGCCACUGUUAUAUAUGCAGUUCUUUGCAUGUGAAUAUUUUAUCACCCCCUUUUACAAUACUGCAUACAGAAAAUAUCAAUGCUAAAAAGUAUUGAACUGGUUUGCAUCAGUGAUAUUGUAUCAGAUACCGGAAUUAGUCAGUUAGACGUCUGGUUGUACAGGAAGAUGUGUUUCUGUGAGCGUGAGUAAUAUUGUGUGUUUGAAUUUAAAAUGUACUGUUAAUACUUUUUUAUAUUUUUGAGACAGG